AAUGACAAACAGAUUUCCUAUUUCAAACCCAUAAGAUGAGACAUGACAAAACCCAACCUUUCAACAAAGAAUGGUGUAGUGUAAUUGCUAAGAAACCAAAACCACCUUAUAAAUUAUUUCCCAAUAUUAAAAGCACACCACACAACACAUUGUCAUAACUCUUAUCCUGAAAUUCAUGCAGCAAUCUGCUUAACCAUCACUAAAGAAACCAUCAAGCUACAACGAUCAUGGCUAACACAUCACAAACUUGUGCAUGUAUUACCGAUCCCAGACUUCUAAGUUAUGAGGAUUUUCAUCCCUCGACUGAGUUCAAUGAGGGCAAAGAUAAUUUUAUCUUAACUCUGCAUCUCCCUGUUUGUACUUACGAAUCAAGUACAGGAUUCACGAAGGAGCAAUUGAAGGUCACGCGCGUGCGGGGAUCUUACCAAAUUCGGAUAAAGGUCGAGCCACAAUUUGCAAUUUACAAAUGGCGCCGGUUCAAUCAGAUUUAUACAAUCCCACAGAAUUGUAACCUUGAUAAGAUCGAGGCAAGGUUGCAAAAUUCAGUUCUAACAAUCACAAUGCCAAAGAAGCCGCAGCCAGCUGUAGAGACGAAAAGCCAGGCGGAAACAAUUAGCAAAGAAUUGUCAAUGACUCUGAGCGUAAAGGAAGGACUUAGCAAAGAAUUGUCAAUGACUCCGAGUGUUGAAACUUCACGGAAAUUGCCACAAGUUGUUGAAAUUGUUCUCUCACAGAGUGGUAGUCCAGAGAAAGAGAAGAAUAAUAAAGUCGUAACAAUUUGUGGGGAUGAAAGUAUGAUGGAAAUGAAGAGAAUAAAAGAUGCAGCCAUGAAGGCAGUGAAGGGAUUGUUAAUAGAGACUGAAGAAGAGAGGCAAACAAAUAAGGUUGCUGUUGCUGUUGGUGUGGCAGCUCUUGUGGUUGUGGGAAUUGGAGCUUAUGUUGCCUUGAAAAUUGGAUCAAAAGCUACAAGUAAUUAAUCAAUUAGCUUGUUCUUGAAAUACCGAGAACUCUGUGAUUGAUUAACUUGUAUUUAUGUUUUAAAAGUGAAUAAAAUUUAGAAAUAAACAUUCCUUUCUUGACAAUA